CGUCAGGGCUGCGCGGGGCGGGCGGUGAGCGCUGUCCGGUGCCGGGCGGGGAAACGCGAACCGAGAGCGGCGUUGGCGACGGUGGAGGUUCGGUUCCUCCGCCCGCAGGCGGGCUGCCCAGGGUGCUGUGGUAUCUCCGGGCUGUGUGGAGGAGCCAUGCCCACCUAGCACUGCCCAGGCUCUCGGCGAGCUGAAGAUGGCAGCACAGAGGAUCCGGGCAGCCAACUCCAGCGGCCUGCUGCGCUGCAAGUCGGAGGGGACACUCAUCGACCUCAGCGAGGGCUUCUCAGAAAGCAGCCUGUGCGACGUCAAAGUGCCUUCUCCUAGUGCCUUGCUGGUUGACAAUCCCACGUCCUUUGGAAAUGCAAAGGAAGUAAUAGCAAUCAAAGAUUACUGUCCAACUAAUUUCACCACUUUGAAGUUCUCUAAGGGGGACCAUCUUUAUGUCUUGGACACAUCGGGAGGCGAGUGGUGGUAUGCUCACAAUACCACAGAAAUGGGUUACAUCCCUUCCUCCUACGUCCAGCCUGUGAACUACCGCAACUCUUCCUUAACGGACAGCGGGAUGAUAGACAAUCUACUGGAGAGCCCUGACGAGGGGGUCAGGGAGCUAGAUCUGCUUGGGGAAUGGACUGAUGUGAAAAGAAACUCUGUGAAAGCCCACAGUAACAACCCUUUCUUGAACGGUGUCCAGACAAAUCCAUUUCUCAAUGGGAAUUUGCAGACGUUGACCAGCUCAGACAGAGAGCCCAACUCCAAAGCAUCUGUUGACUUGCUGCUCUUCGACACGGGGCCUCCUGCUUCAACAGUUCCUAGCUCAGCUGCUAAUAGCAGCAUGGGUAACAUUUUUGAUGAAUUUCCAUCCACAAACAGGCUGGACCUGGAAGAGUCUGUGAAAAGGGACAAUCCCUUCUUCAGGAGCAAACGCUCUUACAGCUUGUCUGAGCUGUCUGUUCUGCAAGCCAAGUCAGACACUCCGACACAGUCGGGUUUUUUCAACGGUUUAAAAUCUCCCACUCCUGAGCAAUUCCAGAGCAGGGAAGAUUUUAGGACCGCAUGGUUGAACCAUAGGAAGCUGGCCCGGUCUUGCCAUGACUUGGAUUUGCUUGGUCAAAAUCCUGGCUGGGGUCAGACACAACCGGUGGAGACCAACAUUGUGUGCAAACUGGAUAGCUCUGGUGGAGCUGUUCAGCUUCCAGACACCAACAUCAGCAUCCAUGUGCCAGAAGGUCACGUGUGCCCCGGGGAAACGCAGCAGAUCUCCAUGAAAGCUAUGCUGGAUCCACCACUGGAGCUCAACAGUGAUAAAUGCAGCACCAUCAGCCCCGUCCUGCAGAUCAAACUCAGCAACAUGGAGGUGAAAACAUUCAUCAUUCUGGAGAUGAAGGUAUCUGCAGAGGUUAAGAAUGACAUCAUGAGCAAGAGUUUGGUAAGACUGCAGUGCCUUCGGAGCGACAUGAAGGAGGGGCCAUACACACCAAUGCAGCUGAGCUAUUCGUAUGGGGACACGAUACAGGUGCAGCUGGAGAACCUAGAGCCUUGCAUGUACAUAGCUGCUGUAGCUCAAGGGCAGAACAUCCCCUACCCUUACACUGUUUGGGAUUAUAUCAGCAAGAAGAUCACAGUUGGUGUUUAUGGCCCGAAACAUAUUCACCCUUCCUUUAAAACAGUUGUGGCUGUGUUUGGGCACGAAUGUGCACCCAAGACUCUGCUAGUGAACGAGGUCACGAGGCAGUCUCACAGCCCAGCUCCAGUUGCCCUUCAGCUCUGGGGUAAGCACCAGUUUACUCUGUCCCGGCCUCAGGACCUCAAGCUCUGCAUGUUCUCCAACAUGACCAACUAUGAGGUGAAAGCCAGUGAGCAAGCCAAAAUUGUGCGAGGCUUCCAGAUGAAGCUGGGCAAGGUCAGUCGCCUUAUCUUCCCCAUUGCAUCCCACGAUCCCAACGAGCUCUCGGAUUUCACGCUAAGGAUACAGGUCAAGGAUGACAAGGAUGCCAUUUUGACCCAGUUCUGCGUCCAGACACCACAGCCGCCUCCUAAAAGUGCCAUCAAACCGACAGGGCAGAGGCGGUUCCUCAAGAAGAACGAGGUUGGAAAGAUCAUCCUUUCACCUCUGGCUGCCACUGCCAAGUAUCCGGUUUUUCAGGACCGGCCGGUGUUGAGCUUGAAGUAUGGCAAACUGCUGAAAACAGUGGUGCGGCAAAGCAAGAAUCACUAUUUGCUGGAGUACAAGAAAGGAGACGUCAUAGCCCUCCUCAGUGAGGAGAAGAUCAGGUUGAAGGGACAACUGUGGACGAAGGAGUGGUACAUCGGCUACUACCAGGGCAAAAUAGGCCUCGUGCACACCAAAAAUGUGCUGGUGGUUGGAAAGGUCAAGCCCAGCUACUUCUCUGGGCCUGAUCUCACCACCAGCCUGUUGCUCGAGCAAAUCCUCAGACCCUGCAAAUUCCUAACCUACAUCUAUGCCUCCGUGAGGACUCUUCUCAUGGAGAACCUCAGCAGUUGGAGGUCCUUCGCGGACGCGUUGGGCUAUUUGAACUUACCGCUCACGUUUUUCUGCCGAUCAGAGUUGGACAGCGAGCCGGAGCGAGUGGCCUCCGUGCUGGAGAAGCUGAAGGAAGACUGCAACAACACAGAGAACAAGGACAGGAAAUCUUUUCAGAAGGAGCUGAUGAUGGCCUUGCUGAAGAUGGACUGCCAAGGGCUGGUGGUCAGGCUGAUCCAGGACUUUGUGCUGCUCACCACGGCCGUGGAGGUGGCCCAGCGCUGGAGGGAGCUCGCUGAGAAGCUCGCCAAGGUCUCCAAGCAGCAGAUGGACGCCUACGAGGCCCCGCACCGCGACAAGAGCGGGGUGGUGGACAGUGAGGCCAUGUGGAAGCCUGCGUAUGACUUCCUCCUCACCUGGAGCAGCCAGAUGGGCGACAGCUACCGGGAUGUGAUUCAGGAGCUGCACACAGGGCUGGACAAGAUGAAGAACCCCAUCACCAAGCGUUGGAAGCAUCUCACCGGCACCCUCAUCCUCGUCAACUCCUUGGACCUGCUCCGGGCAGCUGCAUUCAGCCCACAAGACCACGAGGAUUUUGCCAUCUAGCGCGGCUCCUUGCAGCCAUGUUUUCAUCCACGUCUCAUUUAUUGGUGGUAUCCGUAUUUUUCUGUGCUUUUUUCCCUUUUUUUUUUUUAAACAGUUGAUAUAAACAGAACAAGCGGGGAUUGCUCUCCCCAGGUUUAAAGAGGCCAAAGUUUGCAAGUUCUCAGCAGGACUGGAAAUGAGCAGGAGACGACCCUCCUCUUGGUGGGAAGGCAUCCAGAAGGGAUGGCUUUUCAUAUGGAAUCGAUACCACUUCAACUGUUCCUUACUCAGACACUUAAAAGGAGCCUG